AUGCACUGUUGGAAGAUGAUGGCAGUCUUUUUGCUCUGCUCACUGCUGCUCAGCCAGACACACGGCGCUUCCUUGCACCACCGACAGCCUCAGCUAACGAGACAGAGGCGGAUGACCCCUUUCUGGAGAGGAGUCUCACUGAGACCCAUCGGAGCCUCGUGCAGGGAUAACAGUGAAUGCAUGACAAUGCUGUGCAGGAAGAACCGCUGUUUCCUCAGAACAGCCUCGGAGUGACCCGUCACGAUGAACAACGCCCAUCGCUGUUACUGCUAGCAAUGCUCCACUCGACUUGUGAAAUAUUUAUUGACCUUUCAAAAGCUAGGACAGUGAAUCAAGCAAUAAGUAUAUUUAACAUUUCUGUCGUAUGAACUGAUAGAAGGACUUCAAAGAGCU